AUGUCGAAGGCAUCCAAAGAAGCUUUGCUUGAGCGGGCAUUGAAUAAGAUCACCAAAUCCCAGACGAACACCAACGUCGCGGAGGCUCACGAAGAGAUUGAAAGCAACUAUGCCUACAUAAAUGAAAAACAGCUUAAGAGACUGGUGGAGCUUCAUGAUACCGAGUUCAAAGACAAGUGCGUUGUGCCAUUGCAGAGGCUAUAUUACAAAUACAGCGAUACGGUCCUCUGCGAUGGGGACUUGCAGAACUGGGCCGAGCUAAUAGACAGAGAUAUUAGGGUGUUGGAAACCACCUUGGCCAAAGUGAGAGAUAACCAGUCUGGAGGGUGA